AUGGCGAACUCGGCAGAGCCUACAGCUCUUCUAUCACACCUGCACCGUACAGAUGGCUCUGCGACUUUCUCGCAAAACGGGUACACGGUAAUCGGCGCAGUCAAUGGCCCUAUUGAGGUUCAGCGACGCGACGAGCUCCCAGAAGAAGCAGCAAUCGAUGUCAAUAUACGGCCAGCAGCUGGAGUUGGAGGUACACGGGAGCGCCAUCUUGAAUCCAUCCUCCAAUCGACUCUCCGCCAAAUAAUUCUCAUCACCAAUUUCCCUCGAACCUUGAUCCAAGUUACACUCCAGAUCACAAGCACACCGGAGAAUGAUACUGCGGGGUCAAAACUUGUGCAGGCUAGCUCGAAUCUCGCUAUACUCCCCGCACUUCUUCAAACUGCAAUCCUUACACUACUGUCCGCCUCGAUACCGCUUGCCGUGACGAUGACCUCGGUUCUGCUGGCUCUCAACUCCAAUGGAAAAUCUCGAACUACUUUGAAAGCCCCAACUAUCGUUCAGUUUCAAGCCGCCGAUUCGGUCCACGUACUGGCUUUUACUUCCCAAGGAGAGCUGUUAGUCGCCGAGAGCGAAGGGAUUUUCACACUGGAGGACUGGGAUGAAGUCUAUGAGACCGCAAAAGCGCUCUGCUGUGACGAAUCUGCUGGAGAGGCUAUUAUGCAAGAUGAGGAAGAGAACAAAGGGAGUCUAAUGGGCUUUGUCAAAUCAACACUGGAAGAAAAGGUGGCGAAAGAUCUUCAUUGGAAGGAUUGA